AUGUAUUUCUCUCAAAUUGCUAUUGUAGCCCUUGCGGCUGUUGCUGAAGCUGUCGAUGUCCAAGUCGUCUCGGUUGGCAGAAACUCAGCAACAAAUGCCACUGGUAUCAAGUUCUGGCCUGAAAAGAUCACAGCAGAGCCAGGAACCAUGGUCCAGUUUCAAUUCUGGGCUGGCAACCACACAGUGACACAGUCUACCUUCGACGACCCUUGUGUGCCCAUUGGCAACGUUAUGUCGAACGUCACUGGAAUAUACUCUGGCUACCAGCCUGUGGAGGCUAGCAUGUCCAAGGGCAUGAUUCCCACCUACACCAUCAUGGUCAAAGACAAGAAACCUAUGUGGCUAUUCUGCAGCAAGGCAAAACACUGCCAGGGUGGAAUGUCGAUGGUCAUCAACGAAAACACAUCUGCCAAUGCUACAAGAUCGCUCAACAACUAUAAGAGCCUUUGUAGUUCAGCUACAGUCUCCGAAGUCGUUCCUGUUCAAGGUGGUGGCUCACCACAAGGCGGAAAUGGUGGCAAUGGUACCAACACAGGCGGCUCUGGAGGCGGUAGCUCAGACGACGGCAGCUCCUCCGGCGACGACAGCUCUGAUGGCGGCAGCUCCUCCGGUGACGAUAGCUCCGAUGACGGCAGCUCCGAUGGCGGCUCUGAGGAUGGUUCUGGCACGCCAACUGGCGUCUCUGCCCCUGGAGCUACUGGCACUCCCACAUCUGGUUCUUCGGGCGAUCCUGUGGUCACUGCUGCUGCUGCUGAGCUCAAGGCCCCUAUUUCGAUGCUGCUCGCAGUUGGUGCCGCUGCUAUGUAUGUACUAUAA